AUGAAUGACGUAUUUCCGAGUCGCCGCCAUUGUGUUUUACAAUUUUGUUGUCAUGUUGUGCUUGCUCCUGUCAUUAUUUUAUUACUACUAAAAUUAAAUAUAAAAAUUGAAUAUCAGUGACUAGAAUAUAGAAAGAAAAAACAAUACAGUUUUGCUACGUGUUAAGUAUUUUUUGAAAUGACUGACGCAGAAGAUUUCAAUCAACAGAAGCCUGGAAAGACAAGUAAACAGCACAAUGUAUUACCGAUUUGGGGUAAUGAACAAACUAUGAAUCUGAACCCUUUAAUAUUAGCCAAUAUUCAAGGUUCGAGCUACUUCAAAGUUCAUCUGUUCAAGUUGAAGACGUACCAUGAAGUGGUUGAUGAGAUCUACUAUCAGGUGAAACAUUUGGAGCCCUGGGAGCGAGGAAGCCGCAAGACAGCAGGGCAGACGGGCAUGUGUGGCGGCGUGCGGGGUGUGGGUGCUGGUGGCAUUGUUUCCACAGCAUUCUGCUUGUUAUACAAGCUGUACACUUUGCGACUCACCCGAAAGCAAGUCAACGGUUUGCUACAGCACACAGACUCCCCGUACAUACGGGCACUGGGCUUCAUGUACAUACGCUACACACAACCGCCGGCAGACCUGUUCGACUGGUACGCAGACUACCUCGAUGAUGAAGAGGAGGUGGACCCCCGAGCCGGGGGCGGGGGCCCCACAACCAUCGGAGCCCUGGUGCGGCAGAUGCUGAUCAAACUAGAUUGGUUCAGCACGCUGUUUCCGAGGAUCCCAGUGCCGAUACAAAAGCAGAUUGAGCAGAAGUUAGCGGAGCACAGCAGACAGACAGCAGCCUCCAAGCCAGCUCCGGCCAACUACCAGGCGGGCCGAGGGGGUGCCGGGCAGAACUACAACCCGGGCAGGACGGAUCCAGACAGGAGAGAACACGAUGACCGCGACAGGAGGGACUAUGGCGAUGGAGAUAGGGGUGACAGAUACCCAAAAGACAAGAAGCGAGACGAGCGGGACAGAGACGCGAGGGAGCGAGUGCGCGACAGAGACCGCGAUAGAGACCGCGACCGACGCAACCGUGACCGCCACCGGCACCGCGACCGCUCCCGCUCGAAGGACCGCCGCCGCUCACGCUCCAGAGACCGCCGCUACAGAUGAUCGGCUUUGAUGCGAAUAUAAUGAUUAAUGUUAA